AUGCCUAACUAUGCCAAGUUCUUAAGAGAAGUGAUGUCAAACAAGAGAAAUUUGGAGGAGUUCGAGACUAUUAAGCUGAAAGAGGAGUGUAGUGCCAUACUUCAGAAGAAGCUCCUUCACAAAUUGAAAGAUUCGGGCAGCUUCAACACCCCAUGCAAUAUUGUGUUCAAAAAGCUGGGUCUUGGAGAAAUAAAACCCACAACCCUCACCUUGCAACUGGCACAUAGAUCGAUCACAUAUCCCAAGGACAUUAUUGAAGAUGUAUUGGUGAGGCUUGAUAAGUUCAUCUUUUUGGUGGACUUUGUGCUGUUGGAUAUGAAGGAGGAUGAGAAAGUACCGUUGACUCUUGGUCAACGUUUCCUGGCUAUUGGAAGAGUAUUGAUUGAUAUGCAAGAAAAGAAGUUGACACUACGGGUUGAUGAAGAGCAAGUAACGUUCUAUAUCCAUCGAGAAAAGAAAGCCUUGGAAAAAGAAAAAGUUGACAUUUGCAAAAUGAUCCAAUCAGCGGAAGUAAUUGGAGGAAACAGAGAAAAAUGA